UUUUCGCUAUUAUAAUUUUAUUUUUCAAACGAAAAAAAUGGCAAAAUCAUUUGAAAAUGAACAUCCAAUUAAGGCAUUUGGAUGGGCAACUAGAGACACUUCUGGAGUUCUUUCUCCUUUCAAUUUUUCAAGAAGGGUGACAGGUGAAAAAGAUGUGCAAUUUAAAGUUAUGUAUUGUGGAAUUUGUCAUUCUGAUCUUCAUCAACUCAAGAAUGAAUGGGGAAAUAGCAAGUACCCCAUGGUGCCUGGGCAUGAGGUUGUUGGUGUUGUAACUGAGGUGGGAAGCAAGGUGGAGAAAUUUAAGGUUGGAGACAAAGUAGGUGUUGGAUGUAUGGUAGGAUCAUGUCGAAAAUGUGAGAAUUGUAGCGUUGAUCUCGAGAAUUACUGUCCUCGUCAGAUUCCUACAUACAACGGCUAUAGCUUAGACGGAACCCUCACGUUUGGAGGUUACUCCGACAUGAUGGUAUCCGAUGAGCAUUUUGUAGUACGUUGGCCUGAAAACUUGUCGAUGGACGCUGCUCCCCUGUUAUGUGCUGGAAUUACUACUUAUAGUCCUUUGAAAUAUUUUGGACUCGAUAAGCCUGGAAUGCACAUUGGUGUUGUUGGUCUUGGAGGGCUCGGACAUAUGGCUGUUAAGUUCGCUAAGGCAUUCGGAACCAAAGUGACUGUCAUUAGUACAUCUGCUAAUAAGAAGCAAGAAGCAAUUGAGCAUUUGGGCGCAGAUUCUUUCUUGAUCAGUCGCGAUCCUGAGCAGAUGAAGGCUGCAAUGAACACAUUGGAUGGGAUUAUCGACACUGUUUCGGCGGUGCAUCCUAUUCUUCCAUUGCUUAUGUUGAUGAAAUCUCAUGGUAAGCUUGUUAUGGUUGGUGCACCAGAAAAACCGGUGGAGUUGCCUGUGUUUCCUCUACUUAUGGGAAGGAAGCUAGUGGCUGGAAGUUGCAUAGGAGGGAUGAAAGAGACUCAAGAAAUGUUGGAUUUUGCGGCAAAGCAUAACAUAACACCAGAUAUUGAAGUCGUGCCAAUAGACUAUGUGAACACAGCGUUGGAACGUCUUCUGAAAUCGGAUGUGAAAUAUCGUUUCGUGCUCGACAUUGGCAAUGCAUUGAACAAGAAAUGAGAAUAUUAAUAGUGUUUCUUUGCUUAGAUUACAUUAAUUUCAGAGAUGAUUAAUAAAAUGUGUUUCUUUCACUUAUUAAAAUAGAAAAAAAAUGUUAGUACAUUUUACAGUAGAUAUCAACGGAGACUAUGUAACUUCAGUAGAACUUGAUGGUUUUGAGCUCCAUUGAUUCCAAAGCUUCUUUCACCCAAAUUGUACAUGUUCCCUUCAUAGGCAGUGUCCCCAAACUCAUUGCUGAUACUGAUAUGUAACCUUUGUUUUCUACCAAAGAAAAAGAACGUAACAUUUUACCAAUAUUUAAUCUAUAAUCCCGGGCUUGUGGGAAAGAACUGCAAGAGUUGCCUUUGUUUCUUAGAAGAGGAGCAACUGGCCUCUUCUUCAUAUCUUCUCUUCCUUAUCCCAAUGCAAAGCUCAGAUUCAUUUUUAUACAACAAACGAACUCCAAAUUUCUGCUUUUCUCC